AUGGCCGUAAACGUGUUUUCCCGUCCACGAUCCCAACAAUUGAAGACAUCGCCGCGGCGCUGUAUCGCGUCGAAAAAGGCGAGAGCGUUGCAGCAGUGGCUCAGUCGGCACCACGACCUGUCCGCACGUAUGGCCCAGAAGCUGAGCAAAGCUCGCAAUGCUGUCACGCGUGAAGGAGUCACAGGGUACUUCUUCGACCUUGUGAAGGCCGCACUUGUGCUCACCUGCACUGCCGGCGACCAGGGACCUCCAACCAACGCGCUUCGUGGAAAGCGGCUCGCUGAGCUCUACUUCACGAAGACCACCCCUACCGGCAACGAAUGGAAGUGUAAGUGUGGGCACGUGCACCUCAAAAAGACCACUGGUUACACAAACCUGUGUUCUCAUGUAAUGAGCUGCCAUCCCGAGUACGUCCACUUGAAUGAAACUGACGCUGAUCACCCUAGUAUCAUCGCCAACAUGCUAAUCCCACAUGCUGUGCGAAAGGUAUUCGGGUGGCUGUAG